AUGGCGACCAACGGCGACAUGCCCAGCGACGACGAGUUCUCGCAACCCGGGACUCCCGAGGGAGAGCUCGUCGAUGCCACAGAAAUGGCCGAGGAUACCAACCAACCUCUGAAGUCUUCCCUCAAAAAGGGCACCUCCGCCGCGGUCCCCGAGCCCGCCGUCACACGACCUCCCCUCCCCGAACAGCCCGACCCAAAGACCCUGGACGUCAGCGUGCUCACGCCCCUCACCCCCGAGAUCAUCGCGCGGCAGGCAACGAUAAACAUCGGUACCAUCGGCCAUGUGGCGCACGGCAAGUCCACAGUCGUCAAGGCCAUCUCGGGCGUGCAGACUGUGCGAUUCAAGAACGAGCUGGAACGAAACAUCACCAUCAAAUUGGGUUAUGCCAAUGCGAAGGUCUAUAAGUGUGACAACGAGGCCUGCCCCAGGCCUACAUGCUAUCGGUCCUACAAAUCCGAGAAGGAGGUUGACCCGCCGUGCGAGCGGGAAGGAUGCGGUGGCACAUACCGCCUGCUUCGUCAUGUCUCGUUCGUCGAUUGCCCGGGCCACGAUAUUCUCAUGAGUACCAUGUUGUCAGGCGCCGCCGUUAUGGACGCCGCCCUUCUCCUCAUCGCAGGCAACGAAUCAUGCCCGCAGCCUCAAACCUCUGAGCAUCUGGCCGCCAUCGAAAUCAUGAAACUCAACCACAUCAUCAUUCUGCAAAACAAAGUCGACUUGAUGAAGGAAGACAACGCCCUUACUCACUACCAAUCCAUUCUCAAAUUCAUCAAAGGCACUGUCGCCGACGGGAGCCCCAUCAUUCCUAUAUCCGCCCAACUCAAAUACAACAUCGAUGCGAUAAACGAAUAUCUCGUCACCCGCAUCCCCGUGCCGCCUCGAAACUUCUCCGCCGCCCCACACAUGAUCAUCAUCCGCUCUUUUGACGUCAACAAGCCCGGUGCCGAGAUUGAGGACCUGAAAGGCGGCGUGGCCGGUGGUUCGAUCCUGACUGGCGUACUGAAAUUGGGUGAUGAAAUUGAGAUCCGGCCAGGUAUCAUCUCGCGCUCGGAAUCCGGUCAGACCAUCUGCCGACCCAUUCUUUCACGUAUCGUGUCUCUCUUCGCUGAGCAUAACGAUCUCAAGUUUGCAGUACCAGGCGGCCUCAUCGGUGUUGGUACCCGCGUCGACCCUACCCUCUGCCGUGCCGAUCGUCUCGUCGGCCACGUGCUCGGCCUCAAAGGUCAGCUACCCGAGAUCUACAUUGAGAUCGAGGUCAACUACUUCCUGCUGCGCCGCCUGCUGGGCGUCAAGACUGCCGACGGCAAGCAAGCUAAGGUGGCCAAGCUGGCCAAAAACGAGGUUCUCAUGGUCAACAUCGGCAGCACCGCCACAGGUGCCAAGGUCAUGGGUGUUCGUGCUGAUGCCGCCAAGCUGACUCUCACCACGCCCGCCUGCACCGCGGUUGGCGAGAAGAUCGCCUUGAGCAGAAGAAUCGAGAAGCACUGGCGGUUGAUUGGCUGGGCAAACAUUGUCGCGGGCAAUACGGUUGAGCCCGAAAUCUCUUGA